UAAAGUUUCCUUCAUUAUAUGGAAUGCAAUAUUAGACAUUAAAAAAUGUACGUCUUUUAAUGGCUAAUUGUUUAAAAGCCCCAUUCAAUAAAGCAUUCGUUAAUAUCAAUUUUGUAAGCAGGAUGUCCCAGGGUAUUAGAGUACUAUGGUAUUAGAGUACCAGAGUAUUAGAAGAGUACUAGGGUAUUAAAAUACUCAAUUAAACUAGCUACUCGCUGUGCGAUAUCCGAAGCGCAUGCGCACUGUUUCCACGCAUGUACAGCAGGUUACCAAUAGUUACAGCGCAAGCGGAUGCUCCCGAAGCGCUAGGACCGCGGGGAAAUGACGAACUCGCUCUGUUCAAAUUUGCAUUCGCCUUGAAACUGAAACCAGCGGAUGUUCUCCGUAGAUCACUUCUGACAGCAAAACAAAGAUCCGCGAGGGAACCUUUCUGCCAUUAUGGGGGUUUUUCACUCGGUACCGGAAGAUCAUCACUAUCGGAUUUUGUCUGAGAAGACAGGCUUUUCUAUGGAGCAGAUCAAGAUUCUUCAUAAUCGCUUCAAGCAGUUAAGCCACAAUGAUGAUGUGUUACGGAAAGAUGAUCUCAGCACACUUCCAGACCUAGCAAGCAACCCAAUUCGAUCCCAGAUUGUAGCAGCAUUCUUUGAUAGAAGAAACUUCCAGAAAGGAGGUGAAGGCUCAGUUCAAGAAAUUGGCUUUGAGGAGUUCCUCAUUGUCAUGUCUUACUUCAGAGCUCCAUCAGCGCACAUUACAGAGGAGCAGAGAGAAGAAAUUCGGAGAAGCAAACUGCGCUUCCUGUUUAACAUGCAUGACACUGACAAUGAUGGGACCAUAACACUGGAGGAAUACAAACAUGUGGUGGAGGAGCUGCUCUCUAGGAGUGGAUCACUUGGAAGGGAAACAGCCAAGGGCAUUGCAGAUGCUGCCAUGUUGGAGGUGGCUAACAUUUCAGUGGGUCACAUGGGUCCAGAUGAAUUUUAUGAGGGGAUAACAUUUGAGCAUUUUGUGAAGAUUCUGAAAGGAAUAGAAAUUGAGACGAGGAUGCACAUCCGGUUCUUAAAUUUGGACACGACGAGUCUGUGCAAAUGAUGGCCUAUCAGCAACCAAUGGUUCACCUGAUAUUCCAAUGCACCAAUGAUAACUAAUAAGCUAAAGCUUAACAGAAAGGUAAAUGGGUUCUUUUUGCACUUAAACGAUAGCAUUAUAUUGGCUAAGUACUGUUGUGGUGCUGAGGUCAACUAAUAUACAGUAUAAUCACAGAAUAAAUGAAUUGACAGAUUAUUAGGUGUGGCAUUUUUAAGCCCAUGUACAUUUACACAUCUUGACAUUUAGACAUGAAUUGACUUUGGAUGUUCACUUUAAGCACCACUUUUAUUAUUUAUGUUACUUUUCAAUUCUAGACACCUGAAUGUUACUUAAUUGUCCUGUCUGUGGGACUUUGUACUUUGUUUAGGGGGCAUAUUAAAUGUAGAGCAAUAAAUAUCUUAUAUAAAAUAAAUAACAAUAAAUAAUAUACUUGCAAUAAAUAAGUAUAUUAUUCUAUGUAUUAUGAAAUACACACACAUAAAUAUAUUUGCAGGGCAUAACAUAGUUGCACAAACCAAUCACAGCUAGUUACUGAGCCACAUACAAGAAUGGUUUUGAACAGUGGAAGAAAACAGGAGUGCUGACACUGAGAGAAUAUGCAAAACUCCAAACAGACAAUAAACUGAUCUCACUACUGAAUAAGGAUUUUAA